AUGAGCCCGACGUCAUUGCGCACCGUCCGCGAACCCAUCUACCCCCUCGUUCACAACCAUACUUUCUUUUUCGGAGUUCUACGCCCCUCGCAAUCUCUUCUUUUUUCUCCUUUUUUUCUGGAUUUCUUCACAUGGCUAUUUGUUAUUUCUCUCUCCCCUCACUGCUGCUUAUUUUGUCUCUCGUGUUUUAUUUCUUUCAAUUGCUUUUGGAGUUGGGAUAGAAGUAUUUCAACUUCUUUCUUCACUGUACUUCACCGUUCCCAAGUUCGAACCCCAAUCCUAGGAGCGGAUUUCCUCGCCCACUUUAACUUGUCCGUUAAUAUGUCUUCCCUUUCUUUGGAGGAUAAAACGACCAACAUUACAAGGAAAGGAAUUACAUCUAUUUAUACGAGCACAUGUAUCAGCGCAACUGUACCUGAAGCCAACGGAAUGCAGGAUCUGUUACAAAAAUAUUCUCAAAUUACAACACCAUUCCGGUAUACAGAAACCGUUCGUCACAAUGCUGAGCACCACAUUAAUACUACGGGCCCACCCACAUUCAUCUCCACGGCGAUUGAGGCCUGA